AUGCUCCUACUCAACGUAACCCAACGAGGCGUCGAGAAGAAGGGUGAACGUCUGCGCACCUCAAAUCAGAUCCAUCCUUCCAUCACCAUGCUGCCCGGGGCCCAGGGCCUUUCCCCCCAUCCACCAGGCCAGUACCAGGAGGGACCCAGUCCACACAUUCGCUCUUGCCUGUUGAAGGGAGACCCGGACGAGGCGCUGGACGGGGCAAAGGCCCCAGGAUGCGUGUGGGCUCUGAGGCAGGGGAGGCCUGUCAGCGGAAGGGGAGUUUGCCAGGGUUACUUGACCAAGGCCAUUCAAUCGGGUAUCACCGCCGAAGGGAAGAAAAAAAAAGCACCGACCAACCCUGGUUCAUUGGGCAAAGGAGACAAGACGAGGCAGGAGGCACAUCAUUGCCCGGAAAGAGAAGGCCAGAAGACAACCGGUGACCAAUGGAAGCCAAGCGAUGGAAUAUGCAGAGGUUUGGACAUUUCACAGAUACAGCUGUACAAAGACACGCUGAAGCUACACCAGUCACCAGCACCGCGGGCGGGUACCGGUGGAGGCAUGCGAGGCGGGGAGGGGAGUCUUUGCUGCGGUUGGGCUGUAGCCUGCGGUAACGUGGUUGCACGGGACUUUCGGCUUGCUAAGGAAGCCGAGUACCCUCCUGAGACUGGAGUCGAGGCAGGCCAGAAGAACCAGAGCAUCCUAUCGGGCUUCAGCUUGGAGGGCACGGAAGGCUGGCUUAGCAAUCAACAAGCGGCAGAAGAAAGGCGGGAAGACGAAAUGGAAGACGGAUGGAAGACGGGAUGGAAAGGAGACAGAAGGGAGGGGAGUUGGGACACAGCCGUAGUGAAGGAAAAGGGGUGGGACAAGCCGUGA